GCUAACUUUUCACUAACCCUUCUCCACUUUUUUUCCUUCUUUCGGUAUAGUGUGGUUAGACCUAACAUUGUUAGGCAAUCAGCGGGGAUGCGAAAAUUUUAGUGAGCUAAAUACCUUAUGCCAUACCAGCCCAGCCGGACUUGAUAAUGAUGACAAAUGUCUAUAGUCUCUAAAUUUAAGUCCUUCCAUAUCUAAUAGUGAAAAACUAUACAACCACAUAAAAUACUUACACCACACUUAUCAGUUCUUAUAAAAUAGUAUCCAAAUAUGAAGAGAGGCUUUGAUAGUUUAAUUGUGGAGAUAUCUCCUUCUCCUAGUAUAAGUGAUUUUAAACAACUAUAUAUUGAAUCUACUAACUUAUCUACUGCAACUACCACUACUAGUAUUACUGCAAGAAGAAAGAAAUCAGCUUCUUUACUACAAAAUCAUCGACAUCCUAGUACUCUUAUACCAUCGCAAGACGCGCAACAAUUACAUGAAGACAUAUCCACGAUAAUUAAUCAGAUAAUUAAUACCAAUAUGGGUAAUAUCUAUGAAAAUACUGGCUUGAAAUUCGUACUAUUCUUAGGAGUACAAGGUAAAGAAUAUAUAGAUAUUAUAACAGAACGAUUUAAUUCUUUAACUGCCAACUCGUCUCUGUCACAAUCACAUAUCCUAUUCAUAUCUUACAAUUUACAACAAGAAGAUACUGUCCCUGAUUUUCCCAUAUCCACUAAUAAUCAAUGCUCACUGCUUGUAAAUCAUUUUAAAAUCAAAGAUCCUCUUGGAGGAGGUGUUUAUCCUUUAGAUUAUCUUUAUGUCAUUGACAAGAAUUUUCUUAUCCGGUGUAGCAUUCCAAUUAUAAUUAAUUCAAAUCAUCGUAUGAUUAAUAAGAAUGUUAAUAGACAUUAUAGUGGAUUAUCUAGUCAUUUGAAUUUUGGGAUUGAGUUGGAACAAUUACCGGGAUUUGUAGAAGAGUAUAUUACAUAUUUUAAUCAAGGAUAAUACCUUGUUUAAUUAAUUAAUUAUUUAUUUAAUUAUUUAUUCAUUCAUUAUAUUCUAUAGUACAUUAUAUGACAUUGGUUUUAA